ACCUCAGCUGCUUUUAUGCAGGAGAGGCUGCAGGUGCUGCAGAGCACAAGAAAGAUAAGCCUUUUGUCAUAAAGCAACAUUAGCAUCCAGCUCAACUGAACUUUAAGAUGGGCUCCUCAUUUUACAACCAAGACUGUAAGGUCAUAUUCCUCUUGUAUUAUCUCUAUGAAAGCUGUAGGCUGUAUCCCCAGUUUGCAUUGCAAUUUAAACGUUCCCACAGCUGGGGAGCAACAGUCACAGAAAAUUAUAAUUGCCUUAAAGUUCAUUCUUUCUCAGUUUUUCUUGAAAAAACCCACUAGAAAACUCAUCAGGUGAGUGGGAGUUGUGAAGCCCUCGUGGUUGCGAUUAGUCAAAGGCAUUUUUGAGGGAAAAUACUAAUUAUUUUUGUUUCUAUAGCUGGGGGGAGGUACUAUGUAUCCAAACUUAACAGGCGUUACCUCUUCCAGAAAGUGAUGUGGGUUGUGCAUGGAUAAAACAUGCAUGUGCCUAACAGUGUGUAGCUGCUUCCAUUUUUUAGAAGAUAAAACAAUAAUAUCCUGAACUUUGUAAAAAGGUCUCCAGCAGGUGUAUCACGGUAAGAAAAAACAAAAGGCUAAGUACCAGCAGUGGUUAUGUGUAGUUACUGAUCUGUGAGGCUGGGAAAUACCUGUUUAUUAUCAGGUCAAAUUUCAGCCUCUAGGAUGCUGAUUUCCAGUGGUUCCUACAUAAAAUGCUACUGCUUAUAACAAUGCUUAGGCCAUUAGAAAAGGUGGUAAAUAAAUAGUAUCUGAGGGGCAUUGUCAGGAUUGUGGUCUUGCAUUAUGAAUUAUAUAAAUAGAGACUAGACCCUACGAAAGCUAUAAAUUCCACGUAGAUAGAAAACUGCUAUGAAAGCGAUUGGUUUUUUUUAAAAGAAUUGGUUAAAGAUGCCUCAUCUGAGCCUGGAAGCGCUGUCACUGCAGCUGCAGCUCUGCAGCUCAAGAGUUCAUCAGCUUUGUAGACGAGGCAGUGAAUGUGCAUCCCAGUGAGCUGGUUUUGGAAAAUGGGAAGGUGUAAUUAAAAGUCUCUUUUUCCAUGCCUAGGUGACUUCGGUUGAUGAUGUCUGUUUUAUCACUGUAAUACCAACUUUUUACUGGUUUUACUGCCUUAAUGUUCUACCUGUACUUGUGUGUGUUUCAAAAAUGUUGUAGCAUGUCAUACACCCAGCUUCUUGGUGAGCAGCAUGACUUGGGGGUGUCAGGGAUUAACCCUGGUUCUUAGAGCACGGGGUUGCUUUGCUGGAAAAAUGCCCAGGGAAGUAUUCAAGGCUUCAGAAGUUUCCUCAGCCUGUGCUAGGCUGAACCAGAAACUUACUAAUUUUAUUGUUUUGCAAAAUGGGGCAGUCCUAAGGUUGCACAUAUACUGAUCACUAGUUUGGAUAAGGUAGAAGAGGGACUGCAGAUGACAGCAAAGUUACUUAUUGUUUUAGAAAUUAAAUUAUCCAGCUACUGCCAAGGAAAAAAAGACAUUAAAAUGUAACAGUGCCAUUUCUAAGCCUGUAUAUAACUGUUUUCUCCCUUAAUUCCUGCAAGGUAAUUCAAUUUCUUCAGAAUAAUUCAUCAGCUUACUCUGAACAACCCUACAGGCAUUCAGCAAAACCUACAUUUUGUGCUUAGUGAAGAAGCAUUUUCUUGCUAGGGUGAAAGUGACUCAUCUUUGGAUGAUUAACUAACUGGUUCUAUGGGACCUGAAUUUGUCUAUCUUCUGCACCCAGAGAACAACUGAAAUUCACAUAGGGGCCCAGUGCUAAGAACCUAAAAUUCACUUAGAGGCUAAUGCCUAAAACCUAGAAAUCUCAUGAUUUCUUACCUUGUCACUGCUCCACAGAAGCUUCAAAAGGGUAAAGGAGCCCUCAGAGGCUCAGAAGCUUGAAAAAGUUAACCAAACCAGACUGCUGCCAGCUUUUGAGGAAUAAAGAGCCCCAUGCUUGUUGUGCUGUUCUUCUGACUUGCUCCAUCUGUUCAGACUUGAGCUGUUAUAAUUUCAUGAGGAUUGAAAUGUCUGUCUGCAUGAAGAACAUGGAGCAUUAUGGAGCCUCCUUGAAGUCUGCAGCUUGUGUCAUCAGAGUUAAGAUGUUCCUGAGUUUGAUUCCAAAGUCAGAAAAUGCUCUGUAGGCUUCUUGAGUUUGAUAGUUUCCUCUAAAAAUUGGUAUCAGUCACGUGAUGGCAAGCAAUGAAGAUGACUGUAAUUCCUCUAGGAGUUUUAAGUUUUUUAAUUGACCACAAUAUUUGAAAUUACUCUCACUUUUGAGGGCUUCUGCACUGUUUUGGUUACUGUUCAGUUGCUCUUUAGAGAGGGGGAAUCUGAAUCUGCAGAGUGUUGCCUGCCAGAAAUGCUUCAGAUGAAAAACUGAUGAAAUCAUCAGUGUUGUGAUGAUACCUUGUUGUACCAUGACACUGAGAACAAUGUAUUUUGCAUUUCUCUCUGUGCUGGUUUCACACAGCACCUAAAUUCAAGGGGUUGUGGUUUCUGGGCUUGUGGCAUAUUCUAUUGCUAAACUUAAUAGCUUUUUCAGUCCACUUUCAAGUACUGCGUGGAAAGAAGAUGCAUUUGAGGAGCUUUUAUACCUAAGGUCAAUGUUUGUUCAGAGUGUUUCCUAAUGAGCAUCAUGCUAUUCCUAGAAGGCACAAGGUGUCCAGUAACAGAACUACAUUGCUUAAUGAAUUACUAAACAGCACCAAGAAUUAUACUUCUAAUCUUAAGCAGGCAGGGGUUUUAUUGCAGUACGCUACUCUCUCCAUGUGGGUGGGAAUGACUCGGGUGCUUACUUGGCAGUGGAGGUUAAGUCCAGCCUCUCACCUUUGGAGCCGCCACCAGCAGCUCCCCUGUGACAAGGGCUGCAGGUGCUGAUAAUUGCAAUGAAAAGACAUCUUGUUCCCGGUAGCAGAUUUUAUUUAGCCACUGCUUUUCUUUAUUAGCUGUACUUUCAUCAUGCGGUUCCACCGAAGAGAAGUGAUUGUGCUGGGUAGUUUACCGUCUGACUAAGGUUCAAGAAGUAUUUAGUUCAGAAAAGAUAGAUUGCGAAGAUUUAUGGAAGAUUACAUUAGCAUUUCUUUGUUUUCAUAAGCAGAGCUUGCUGCAGAGACUACAUGAUUUGACAGGCUCGCAAGUAACCUUUGUAGUGAACUGUAUUGACUAAUUAUUUUCCCAAGCUACAGCAGUAUUUGAGACUUAAACCUUGGAACAAGAUGGAAAGAGUAAAGUGGGCUUAUAGGGAUGCUGAUGCUGUAGCAGUGAGAAACAACAAUUUAAUCUGUACCUCAUGCUAUCAGUUGUAGAUCAGAGUGAGGUGACUAUAAUUAGUAUGGAAGAGAAAGGGCUAUUUUCACUGUCAGCAAAUGCUCAGGCCAAGUAGGACAUCCUGACCUGCAAAGGGGUUGGUAAGAGAAAACUUACAAAACAGUUUUGGGGAGGCCUGAUUUCUAGGCUUUUUCUGCCACGUCAGGGUUUUCCUGUGCUGGAAAUCUUGCCUGUAGGAUUAGUGUGGGAUCGACUGAAGCCCAGUUAAACAACCCCAUCUAAAAUAAAUGCUGUGACGAUUUGCUGCAGUAGAAUUACUGUAGGACAUCCUGUACUUGCUCAGGCAGAAAUCAAAAGAUAUUGCUGGUAUUAUUCAUUGCUAAAGCCAAAGCAGCUGAUGGUUAUUUUUUCUGCUGGACCAUUGCAAAAUAAAUAGUGUUAAGCCUUUCCAGAAAGGGCUGCCUCGGUGGAAGCUCCAAGGAAGCACACCCUUAUAUAUUCCUUUUAUAGCUUAGUUGGGUUUGGGUUGUGGUUUUUUUCAAGUUGGCUUUACAUAUUUAUUUUCCCAAUGAUCACAUUGCUGAAUACGUAAAGUUAUCAUUCUUAAAGGUUAUGCAGAUCACUCCUGCAAACUUGCGUUAGCAGCCAUUCCCAUAUUACCCUGGUUACAUCCUUCUUAUAAUUUAAACUUGCAUUUCAUUACUAAACAAAUCUCAUCCCACUGUAACUUCCAGUUUAGGAAAAAGUCCCAAGCAAACAAGUUUUAUUUUCCUUUUCCAGGAUCAAAUGAGGUCACUAUGGUCUUUUCAGGAAGAGAGCUAAUGUUUGCAAAGCAAUAAUGCAAUUCAAUUGCGGCAGCCCACAGCUCACCUUGGCUGCACUGACUGGCCUCUGGGAGUUCAACUUGUCCCUCUUCAGCCUGAGUGUCAAGGAGGAGCUGCCCUCAGUGCCACCGGUGCCAAACUACAAGCUCUCUAUGUCAAUCCCAGAAUGGCUCCAGGCAAUACAGACCUACAUGAAGAUGCUGCAAUACAAUCACACAGGAACACAAUUCUUCGAGAUUAGAAAAAGCAGACCUCUAAGUGGGUUAAUGGAGACAGCAAAAGAAAUGACCAGGGAGUCCUUACCUAUCAAAUGCCUUGAAGCAGUUAUCCUGGGGAUAUACUUAACGAAUGGACAGCCCUCUGUGGAACGAUUCCCCAUCAGUUUUAAAACCCACUUCUCAGGGAACUAUUUUCAUCAUGUGGUGCUCGGGAUUUACUGCAACGGCCGGUACGGCUCACUGGGCAUGAGCAGACGAUCAGAUCUGAUGGACAAGCCUCUAACUUACCGAACUCUAAGUGACCUCAUCUUUGAAUUUGAAGACUCCUAUAAAAAGUACUUGCAUUCAGUCAAAAAAGUAAAAAUUGGAUUAUACGUCCCGCACGAGCCGCACAGCUUUCAGCCCAUUGAGUGGAAACAGCUGGUCCUCAAUGUAUCCAAAAUGACACGCACAGAAGUCAGGAAGGAGCUGGAAAAGUUUGCCAGGGAUAUGAGAAUGAAGAUUCUGAAACCCUCAAGUGCCCAUUCUCCAAUGAAAGAGAGAUCUCGGGGUAAGUCGUUGUCCCCUCGCCGAAGGCAAGCCAGCCCACAGAGACGGGCAUGCAGAAGAGACAAAUCACCUGCAGUGGUGGACAAGAAAGGAGACCUGGCUACGCUCAACGAGGUAGGCUACCAGCUCCGCAUCUAACAAAGCCAUAUGCUGGACAGAAGGCUUCCCUGGUGCUUCCCACUGCACUUUACCGGCACUCCAUUGGAAGGAAAAAGGAAUGGGACUACUUAAUAACUUGUGAACUCCUACAAUAAAAGAUUUACCUAGAAAAAAGAAGGGGGGAUUUUUUUUUUUCUGGUGGCAGUAUUUAUUUUCUUUAAAUUCAUAGAAAAGGCAUCAGUAACACAAACCUGAAAAUAUGUUUAUCAGGGUAUAAGACUUCUUUCCCUCCAUGAAGCAGAUGACUCCAGUAGUAUGACAGUUUCUUCAAAUAUAAUUUCCCGAUACAAGUAUUAAUUGAAUUUAGGCAUUGUGCUGGGUAGUGACAUUUGGAUAACUGAGAAAUCGUAUUCUUCAUGUUAAGAUGUGCUGAAGCACAGGGCAGUUAAAAAAAAUUCAUAUUCAGUAUUAAUUCAGCAAUAAAAAGCAGUGCAGAAGUGGUAUGAGUUUUUAAAGUAUCAAAUAUUACCUCACUAAACUUAACAGAUAUGCAAAACUUUCAGUGUUAUUGUUUUGUAACUGAUUUCUAAUGUUUCCCAGCAUUUCUGGUAGUAUUAAACCAGCACUGGAUGUUUUACUGCCACCUGUAUUAUUGUUUUGUGCAUGAUGCUGAAAGAUGUUAAGUAAUUGUAAUACGCAAGUGUAUUCUUAAACACUGACAUCUUAUUAGGCAAAAUAUGAGAUUUGGGUUUUUUAAAUGAGAAUAACUGAUGAAUAAUGAAUUUUUAAACUUUCAGGAUUUUUUUAUACUUUGUCAAAAGCUUUUUAGUCUUUCUGGACUACACUGCUGAAGCACAAAAUGUAGAGAUUGCUGUUUUGUAGAGACAAGUGUUCACCGACUGCUCAGUUUGUUUCUUAGAUAUGCUCUGUGAAUAAGGGAAAAAAAAAAGUCAGAAUUGCUAACCUGAGUCUAUAUGCUUUUCUUUCACCAUUUCUGUGUAACUUUGAACCUUGUCUUUGAGGGGCUAAUCUCCCAUGGUGAUGCCUUGACAUCUUAUAUUAAGAUCAGGCAUGGCAGGCUGAAGUUAGCCUUCUGCCAUGCUGCUGUAGGGAGUUUUUCCUAUAUGCGUUGUAGCAAUGACAGCUUAGUCAGACCUUAAUAAGGAAACUUGUGUUGGAACAACUUCAGCAAUAAAUAAAACUGUGUGUCUGAAAUAGCUGAAAAUCAAGCUUGUCCGCUUCCUCCCUACUCAGUCCUUUUGUUCUAAGACUUAGCUAAGGACCUGUUAUGAACUGCAGCGUUCUCAAGUGGCGCGGUAAGACUUUCAUUGGGGUCCACCAUUUGCAUUUGUGAAGUUCUCUAGAAGCAUUCGAGUGCUUACAUUGCUGAAAAUACUUCAUUAGGUGCCUAAUAACUGGAUUAUUGUGCAAGUCCAGCCUGUACCCUUAGUGCUGUGCUUAUUGAUGAUACUGCCGUGGGCCUUGUGUGUACCUCCCCUCCUGAGCAAUUACUUUUUGAGGAUCCCCCUGAAGACAGGACAUUGUAACACAGCAACAAUGAUGCUUUCUCAAAUGGAAUGAUUUAAGCUCCUGGUACAACACUUAAAUCAGCCAGCAAUUGAAUGGAUACAGAAGGAGAUGAUUGCUUGUACACAGACUUCUGCUCGAAAAAGUCAAUGACUCUGUCACCCACCUAGGACAGGAAGACAGCACUGAGACCCAACAGCCUUCUACAAACAGUGAAAGGCAUUCUACUAAUUAGAUUUCAGAAGGUCUAGAAAGAAGACUUUUGAAAUGUAUUACACUUUUUUUAUACAAGAUUACCAUAUCAGUUACAGGGAAGACUUUCCUAUCCCUCUUUCUGUAAACUUUUCCACUCCUGUGUCCACAAUAGGAAUUGUUUUGGUUCAGGAGUGAAACUGGAGAGAGGAAAAUACUCUUUUGAUACAAAUUCUUGUGUAAUUUGACAUCAGCUGCAGAGUUUGUUUUAAACUUUGUGCUGCUCAGUGUCUUGUGACCUACACCAUUUUUCAUGUAUUCCUCAAAUUUCUCAUGGAUAAAAUGUGAAACACUUACUUUGAUCAGCUGUAUCCUAUAGCACAAGGUUACCUGACACGUUGUGAGGCUUUUUCUAUGAAGUCAUGGUUUACUUCAGCUCAAGUAAUGGUGAGUGGUAUAUAGUUUUUACCACUGUCCAGCACAAUUUAUCUUCUCUUAACCUCCAAGUUACCCUGAAACUUGUUAAUAUGGUAAAGGUGUGGGACAAAUUGCUUUUGGUUCUUGUUUUGAAGUUCAACUGAAAUAUUCUCUUGAAACUUUCUUAUGAUGGCAUUUGUCUUAACUGUGGUUCUAGUGACUGUUCUAACUUACUGCAAAGUGGUCAAAUAGUGUAGAAAACAUGCAUGACUUUUUUUAAUCACUUGUAUGUUUAUGCACAGCAUGAAAUUUCAAUAAAAUAUCAUGGUACUUUUUUUUUUUAAAUGACUUAAGGUGUGUUUUUUGUCCUGCCCAGGUUUCUAUUCCAAGUUGUUUUUAGAAUCAAGACGGGAACAAAUUAAAGCAUUUCUUUUAAGAUAGUUGAGUACCUACCUCAUUUAUUAUUCUACGAAGAAAAACACUGAAUAUAUAGCCCUACAGCUACCCAUUAAGGGGUUAUACAAGGAAAGACUGAAACAACUCUCUAAACCCUGAAAAUACAUUGUUAUGGAACAAUAAACACCCCUGAAGUAGCAGCACUGAUAAAUGCAUCAUGUUAAGUAGCUGUUGCUUUUUUCUUUCAGUAGUACCUUGGCCCUUUCCCCAUGUUAUUGCCAUCAAAAUAAGGGAAAAAACUUGUGAGUUUCCUCUUUUAUUAGAGGAAAGUAAAUUAUUAUUGUCCUUUAAUAAUAACAUACACUGUGAAGCAGAAGAAAUAUCUCUUACGGCCUUAAUGGUCUCACGUAGGUAGCAGGCAAGGGGCGAUACGGUUUUCAGAAGGCCAUCUUUACUGCCUUGAGGAAUUUGGCCAGCAACACACAAUAUAUGAACACAAGCCAAGUAUAGAAACCAUUCAUCAGCAAGUCCAAAGCAUUUGCUUGUAAAUUAGCAUAAAACUUAAUGUUCAAACCAGCAAUGUAAAUGACUAGGUGCUUGGCCUGGCCUAAGUAAGUGCUGCUCUGUGUAAAAGAGAAUGGAACUGGUAUGAAACCCCUGCUUUGGAGGAGAUGGGGUUUCAGACAAGCCCAAGAAGUAAUGCUCAAGUUAAGGCUUAUUCUCAAUAGCAGAACUUCUCUACCACAAAGUAACUGCAGUUGUAAUACUGUAGUCAGGAAAAGGAAACCUGGAUGAAAAUUCCAAAAAUUAGGAUGGAGAAGAACAAAUAUGACAAACACACCAGAAUGUGAUUUGAUGCAGGUUUUCUAGCACUACACUGAAAGAUAAUUCUCCCAAGUGUCAGUUUUACUUAUAUAUCCAUAUGUAGUUUGAUGAAGUUAGAAGACUUGUUUCCAGCCUCUCUGGCUCCCUGCAAGUUUCCUAUUCAGGCAACCUUUUAGUUUUGUUUUGUAAAUCACAUUUUGCACAGAAUGUUUAUCAGUGCACUAUAAGAUUAAAUAUAGUAUCUUGAUCAUUUAAUACCUCAGAAUCUGUCAUUUCAAUGAACAACUUGAUGUUUUUAUUAACUAGAUGGAAAACAACUUCUCCAGUUGUUCAAUAUAGAAAGCCUCAAGAUGUCAAGGACUGAUUUCUUUUUCCUACAGUAGAUCAAAUGUGUUCAGUUUUGGGCCCCUCCAUAUAAGAAAGACAUUGAGGUGCUGGAGCGUGUCCAGAGAAGAGCAACGAAGCUGGUGAAGGGGCUGGAGAACAAGUCUUAUGAGGAGCAGCUGAGAGAGCUGGGGUUGUUUAGCUGGGCGGGGAGACCUCAUCACUGUCUACAACUAUCUGAAAGGAGGGUGUAGAGAGGUGCAUGUUGGUCUCUUCUCCCAAGUGACAGGUGAUAGGACAAGAGAGAAAGGCCUCAAGCUGCAUCAGGAGAGGUUCACAUUGGACAUUAGGAGAAAUUUCUUCACAGAAAGGGUUAUCAAGCACUGGAAGAGGCUGCCCUGGGAGGUGGUUGAGUCACUAUCCCUGGAAGUGUUUAAAAGGUGGGUAGAUGAUGUGCUUGGAGAUACGAUUGAGUAGUGGACAGGUACAGAUGGAGUUGAUGAUCUCAAAGGUCUAAUGAUUCUAUCAUUAUCAAUUAGUUUCCUGUAAGUUUUCAUGCUCAUUAAACUUAGUUUUACUUCAGAUACUUUUAAAAAUAUUCAAGUGAAUGCUACCUGUAUUUAAGCUUUUAUAAGUUAAAGAAGUAACUUUUUAGAACAUAGCUUUGCAGUAAGUAAAAUAUUUAUCUUCUUCCUUUGGAAGUCCGGAAGUC